AUGAUUAAUGAUUCAUUAAGUAUGCUUCGAAUUCGAGCUAUUGGUGAAGCUUUUAAAACUUCGACGAGCUUUCAAGGUAGCUUCAACCAUGCCGUUGCCCUUCGAUUCUACUCGACUCCACAGUUCAAGAAAUCCGGCAACAUCGUUGUGAAUGCUCUUAACUAUGUUAGAGAAGUGGAUGAUUUUCAAGAUAAAAUAGCAAAAGAGACGCCUGAGGCAACUAUGGCCGCUAAACUCAUUGGCAGUAUCGACAAAAAUCCCGAACUUCUCUCACUUCUUCUGCUUUUUCACUACGAGUUAUCAAAGUUCGACAUUACCCCACACUCAUCAAGAAACAUGGGACAGUUGGCUACUCUUCGAUUCAAAAUGGCAAUGAUUUGGAAGCUAUCUAGAAUCCACAAUGUUUUCUGGGAACAGUGCCGAUUGGAAGAUGUUGCAGAACGGAGCCAUCGGUUGGCAUUUCUGGUGCAGGAUGUUGGAGUCCUAGAUCCCAAAUACUACGAGGAACAUUACCAGGAGCUACAGUCAGGAGUGUUCAGAGGCACGGAUUUUCGACAUGUUGAGAUACUUGGGCCCUCUCGGUUUUAG